GCUACAGAAGCAGACAUAUUCCAACUCUUCAUAAUCAUGUCGAAAUUUGUGCUACUCUUGGUCUUUUGCUCCUUGUGCUUGCUCCAAGUCCAGGCAGAUCGCAGGAUUUGCGAACAACUAACUCGCGUCUGUGAGAGAAAUGAGCCGAGGAUCGGCAUUGAAGAUGAUGUCACCAAAUAUUUGAACGCCGAAUGCCGAAGAAGAGAUGUCAGAUGGAAAAACAUAACUCGUUGUCAACUGGAACGCGCUGCCUGUGAAUUAUCUUUGGUGGAGUGUGGAGAAUUGAGCUGUGCCAAUAUUGUCAAGGUAUUACGACGUUGAAUAAUGUGUAAAAUGUAAAAAUCAAUUAAAAUACAGCUGUUAACAACAU